CACAUUGUACUAGCACAUCCUCUUGUCCAGCAGGGAGCGGAAAACUCUCCUUGCAACAUGGUUCCCUUUCUCUCUCCCACCUCUCGUUUGCCAGGACCAGAACUCUGGCAACCAACUAGAGCAUUGUGUCUUCUUGGCGAAGAAGAGGGAUAGGGACAGACAGGGCAAAAAAAUGAGGGAGACAGAAAGGUGAAGAUGACAUACGGACAUGGGGGGGGUGGCUGAGAACCUUACCAUCAAUCUCCUAAGAGCUAAGAGCGCGUCUUCGUACAAAGGAGAAACUUCCUGACGAAAAACAAACGUGAACACUGUCAGUGUUUUGCUCUCCCUCUGAUGACGCGUAUUUUUAAAGUGCUUUUUGAAAAUAAGAAUCUCUGAUCUCUGAAGAGUUUCAUGACAGGACGGGGACUUUUUUUUAUCUUUUGUCUUUUUUUUUUUUUAAAGUGCGGCCAGACAAUUUAGCUCCGGUGUCUGACCUCAGACACUGACAGACAGCUGCCGACAGGCUGCAGAGGAGUACGAGAGAACCUGAAGGAGGAGGAAGACGACGUCAAGCUCCGUGCAGAUACAUGUGCGUUCGCAGAUCAUUUGAAGUGACGGAUUUUGCCUUGACUGACGCAAGAGCACUGGAUGUCACUGUGCGUUUGCCCUUUGAUAUCAAUCCAAUCUUCAAGGAUCUGGAGCUUUCUGAAUCUUUACGAGAAUAUUUGAGUCACAUCCUCGCACAGACAGAUAGACGGACAGACUCAUAAAGUGCAGCCUCUGGAGUCUCGUUCGGAACCUAAAAUUUGCCACUCAGGAUGUACUGUGGGAGAAAUGCAGGCGUCCAACUCACAUCAAAACAUUACAGAGCCAGAGUUGACAACAGAGGAGUAGCUAUUACCUCAAGACUGUGCGCAUGUGCUCCAGCGAAAUAAGUCAGGGCUCGUAUACCCAUCAAGGGUAGGGAAGGAAGGGAAGCGCGAGUGAGGCUGCAUCAAGAUGAAAGUUUUUAGGGAGCUUUAAUGAAUCUCAAACAACUAUGUAGUGGGUGGUGUCAUGAGCUCUUAGCUAACACAUGUUUUAUGACAUUAAGCCAUAGUGAAGCUGACUAGACCUGGAUGAGGGACAUGUGGAGAUGUAAGACACACAAAAAAAAACUGAAUGCUUGCUCUGGCGACUGAUAGAUUUCAGGUUUUAUUUUUUCUACACUUAGUUCGGAAAGAGUUGAAGUACCCUGUUGGACAAGUUUUGGGUGAUAGAUUUGUGUGAAAGUGCGACAGGAUAGCUCGAAACUGACAAGGUUCCCUCAAAAGACUCCCCCAUCAUGAUGGAGAAGGUGAACCCCGCUGAUUCCCCGUCUUCACCUCAAGACCUACCUCGGCCCCCGUCGUCGUCCUCUACCUCUUCACCAUCUUGUACGUCUGCUGAGCGGCACAGCCCCCCGCACGGCCAGAUUUCAGCAUCCUUGGAUGCUCUCAGCGGGCAAAAUCCUGCGAACAAUACCGGACAGACAGACCUCUCUACCGCCAUCUCAGCUCAGUCCCCCGUCCCCCCGACGACGGCGUUGGCCAAUCACCAGGCAGAUGCAGCUACUGCACCUGAGCUUGCUGUGGAGGAGAUGGAGGAGGAGGAGGAAAAACCACAGGGAUCAGAAUGCAUGGCCACUGCAACAAAUGGGUCACCGGCUCUUUCCUCUCCACCCCCACUCCUCCCAGCACCAGCUAAAACGUCCCCCUGCCCUCCGCCGACUCCAACCUCCACCGUAGCCCUCCCUUCGCCCUCACCUCUUCCUCCUCACAUUCCAGUGAUCAGCCUUGGACACAGCAAGCCUCCUCUGCCACUCCCCAGUACACCUUUGACGGCCCUCCAUCCGAUCCCAAACCUCAUACACGGACCACACGGGGACAUUCGGCGCAGCCAGCAGACCUGCUUAACCAUGGUGGGCUCUGGAACAUCUGGAUCAUCUGGAGGUCUUGGAGGCCCCUCAACUGCUCCUUCGGGGCCCCUGAUGGCUCAGCAGUACCUGCCCGCACAUGCCUUUCUCCCAAGUUCUUACCUGGGACCUUCAGGAGGUGGUUAUGGCGUCAUCAAUAGCAGUCGUGUCAAGAGGAGGCCGUCGUCACACUUUGAGAUGGAAAUCAAUGAAUGCCCGCCUCAGAAGCUUGCCCGCCGUGUCUUCACCAACAGCCGCGAGCGCUGGCGUCAGCAAAAUGUGAACGGGGCUUUCUCCGAACUGAGGAAACUGAUCCCCACGCACCCACCUGACAAGAAGCUGAGCAAGAACGAAAUCCUGCGUCUGGCCGUCAAGUACAUCAACUUCCUCGUCACCCUGCUCAACGACCAGGCCCAGGACAAAAGCCGGGACUCGGCGGACGACGACGAGGAUGAGAGCGCAGCUGCAGGGCCGGACGGCAGCAAACGGAAGCCUCUGUUUCAGUGCGGCAAUCCGCCCACAACGGGCCAUCCCGCCGCAGUGUCCUCCCACAGGGACUCCACCGACUCAGUCAUCGCCCUGGUUAAUUCCCCGGCUACCUCCAGUUGCUACGGAGACACGGACAGUGAGGAGAGCUUCGGGGCCAAGACUUCUUUGGUGACCCAUGGCAUUCUGGAGAAGGUCAAGGGUCAGAUAAGGAUGGUGUCCGCCACAAAUGACGAGCGGUGACACCCAAAAAAAAACAGAAAACAAUACAGCGAGGAGUACAGAUGUCCCCUCCGAUGAGCUAAAAGCACCGGAUACCGAACGCUGUUUGUGGCAUUUUGCAGUUUUCAUCAGUGUGUGCUUUUUUUUUCUAAAGCAAAGACGCAAACUUUGAGUGUGAUCGUGACGCUCCAUGUGUUGCUGAUGAACCAGACUGUGGUUUAGGACUGGCUAAAGCAUUACAUUUUACAGAAUAAUGAGCCAAUUAAAUAAAUCGAAUCAAAUCAAAUGAAGCAAUAUGUUGUUUAAUAGGCCAAAUAAAAACAAAAACUAAGAGAAAUCACAAUGAUCCUGCUCUAUAAGAUGAAAAAGGUUCUAAUGUUGUCUUUUGAUUGAAAAAAUAAAUAGAUAUACACACAUGCUAAUGAACUAAAACUAAUGAGUAAAGGAAAUCUAGGUUAAUGAAUUUUGCUUUCUUGCACCCUUAAAAAUGUCCGAUAUCUCAAAAGAGGGAUUAAAAAGCUACAAAGUUGCCCUAUGAGGUGAGGUUUUCAUCUGAAUAAUCUGUCGUGUAUCAUUCCAGCUACAGUACCUUCCAAACAAAAAAAAAGAGAAAAGAAAAGAGA